GGCGCCCGGCGCCCGGCGCGGGGAGGGGGCUCUGCGGCUCCAGGGGGCGGGCCCGGCUGCUGGCGGGGGCCCAGCACAUAACUCGGCGCGGUCGCCGUCUGGGGCAGCAGACACCCAGCCGCUCGGAGCCGAACUGGCAGCAUGAAGACCCUCCUGGCCCUGCCGCCGCUGCUGCUGCUGCUCUCCACUCCCCACUGUGCCCCCCAGACCCCCAUGAUCCGAGGAGAUGCUCUGGAGAGGUCCUGCCUUCAGCAACCCCUGGACUGCGACGACAUCUACAGCCAGGGCUACCAGGCGGACGGCGUGUACCUCAUCUACCCCGAGGGGCCCAGCGUGCCGGUGCCCGUCUUCUGCGACAUGACCACGGAGGGUGGGAAGUGGACGGUUUUCCAGAAGCGAUUCAACGGCUCUGUGAGCUUCUUCCGGGGCUGGAAUGACUACAAGCUGGGCUUCGGCCGCGCCGACGGGGAGUACUGGCUGGGGCUGCAGAACCUGCACCUCCUCACGCUGAAGCAGAAGUACGAGCUGCGCGUGGACCUGGAAGACUUUGAGAACAACACGGCCUAUGCCAAGUACGCCGACUUCUCCAUCGCGCCCAACGCCAUCAGCGCCGAGGAGGACGGCUACUCCCUCUAUGUGGCCGGCUUCGAGGACGGCGGUGCAGGCGACUCCCUGUCUUACCACAGCGGCCAGAAGUUCUCCACCUUCGACCGGGACCAGGACCUCUUCCUGCAGAACUGCGCGGCCCUCUCCUCCGGCGCCUUCUGGUUCCGAAGCUGCCACUUUGCCAACCUCAACGGCUUCUACCUGGGGGGCUCCCACCUCUCCUACGCCAACGGCAUCAACUGGGCCCAGUGGAAGGGCUUCUACUACUCCCUCAAGCGCACCGAGAUGAAAAUACGCCGGGCCUGAGCCGAGGCCUGGCCCCAAGGCCGCGCUCCUGGCUGCUGGCCUCCAGGAGCGCUCCCCCGCUGGGCCUGCACCCUCCCCCCCCAUACCCCCUCCCCGUUAGCCCUGCUUCUUAACAGCUCCAGCCCCAGCUCACCCCGCCACACCAGGCAUCCCCGGAGCCAGGCCUCUUCCCUCCACCUGAGGCGAAGCUGCCAGCCAGUUCCCAGGCCUCCUCUGCCUCCGCUCAACCCCCAGCCACGAGCUGCUAACCCAGGCGGCAGGCUGGUGCUCCCCUUAGCCAGCCUCCUUCCCACCUGCAUGGCCGCCAUCACCACACCCUAGCAACGCCCUGGCUGUUCUCAGAAAAUGUCUCACCUUCGCUUCCUUCCUCCCUCCACCUUCUCUAGUGGUGAGCACCGCGGGCCCCUUGCCCCAUCUGUCACCUUAGCUUCCCUGCUUCCUGCCCCAGGCCUCCAAAGCUCUGCCCAAACUGUAUUUCACCACGGCUACUGCACGACCCAGCCCCCUGAACAGCCACAGGCCGGGCAGGCAUAGAUGAGGUUCGGCCACCACAGCUACUGCACAACCCCCCACCCACCCCACCCACCCACCCCGAACAGCCACAGGCCGGGCAGGCUUAGAUGAGGUCCGCCCCGGCCCAGGCUGCAGUCUGGCCAUGGGAGGAGCACAGGACGCUGUCGCAGGCUGGAGGCAGGAGGGGAGAGGAGGUCUCAGCCUCAGGACGAGCGAGUGGGCUGUGGCUGUUGUGCGUGCAACUGCAUCUGCUGGCCCCCGAAUGCGGGGCCUGGCUCCUUCUCCUCACUGACAGCACCCGCCCUCCACUCCACAAAGACACCCGAGUUAGCGCCAGAGAGAACCUUCUAUUUCACAGGCCUCAUUUUUAUGGCAAAGAGAAUGACUAAUAAUAAAAUCACAUAAUAAAAAUAGAA